AGCUAUUACGUGCGAUGAUUUAAAACAAUGCUGUUCUGUGUAAUUUUAUUUGCAUUAUGAUUUUAUCCUAGCUAAGUCAAUAAUGUGAAUUAAGCUGAUUGCCAGACUAUCUCCAUCGAAAAUUUCAUGGGGACAUUUGUUUAAAAAGAAUGUUAUUGUUUCUUAUAUAAUGACAAUGAUCCUUUCUAUUUCAUUUCCUUAGAUUCAUAUAAAGUUGACCAAGGAUUUUAAAGAUAUACUAAGGGAGCAGAGACACUUCACAUGAGAAGAUAAAUAAAAGGUGCAUAAUGUUGCAGAAAAUUCAACGCGAGAUCAAAGAAGAUAUUGAACAUUUUAAAACUCUUCCAGAUAUGGAUUUAAAAUAUUUAAGCUGAUUGAAGGAAAAACUUUCUUGCUUGAUUACUGAAGACAUCUAAAACAAUAACAAGAUGCUUAACAUGGUUAUGGAAUUAGCUGAAGCGGAACACGUCAUGUCUAAAAGUAAUAAACUGGCAGAACAAACAUUUGCUAUGAAAAUCGUCGAAGAUGCAAGUACUUGUUUUGCAGAUAUUACCAAAGUCGAUAAUGCGAAAAGCAUUUUUAAAGACAACAUGCAUGCAAGCCCUCAGGAGCUGUUUUCCACAUUUGCAGUACCAAAUUUACCAGAAGAAAAGCGAAAUAAACCACGGAAUAUGGAAAACAAAAAGGCGAACUGUAAUGAUACUAGUAGUGGCGAUAAUGAAAAUAAUAACGAUAAACGUAACAUCAACAACAAUAACAACAGUAAUAGUAACAUUAGCAGCUCGAAGAAGGCGACCACUUUUUCUUUGUUUUCUGAAAGCAAGCACUCAUUGUCACAAGAAGUACUAAAAUCACAUAAAAAUCAAAACAGUAUUACGCUUUAUCAAUCCACUUCAAAAAGCGUUUCAACACCGACGUCACCAACAAACUUUCCAUCUAAAGUCAAGACAAGUAAUUUUUCGCCAGCGCAAAUCCCGACUCCUUCCAGGCCAGUGUUGCUACAAAGUCAUCCACAUGGUUCUUAUUAUUAUAUGAAUCAAAGUUAUAUUGGUUACUCGACAUCGCAUCACCCUGGUUUCUACGGAAUAUCUAACAGCUAUCCAGACCCUCAUUUAUAUUAUACAUCUCAAAAUGUACAUCAGAAAAAUGGUCAGUGUUAUUUAGCACAAAACGGUACAAAUAAGCACGAGCAUUUAACAAAAUUAUCACGCGCAAAACAAUCAUUCGCGUCUGUGCAAGGACAAAUGGCGGCUAAUCAAAUUCCUUUAUGUUUAGUACAGGAUUCGACUGGACAUUUACAUCAACUAGUAUAUACUGUACCAGAAAAACUGUAUGAACAGUAUGUUGCUGCUGCUGCUGCUAAAGGAGCUAAGGUCAAAGUUCAACCGCAGCUUGAUAAUUCUAUGGCGCCAAUAGAGAAUAGUGUUGCUGGAAAACAACAGGUUAAAAGCAAGAUCAAGUUACAUCCCGUGAAACAAAAUGAUGCGACAAGCAAGGAUUAUCAAAACAAAAUUGUUAAUGUUCCUACUAAGGAAAUAAAUAAGGAGAAUAAUUGUCUAAAUUCAAGUGGCACCGAUCAAUACAAAUGCAAACAAAAGAAUAUUAGCUGCCUAGAUAAGUCACAUGGCUAUUCAGUAAAAAAAGAAAGCACCGAUAUGACAGAAGGAGACGUUCAAAAAGUCGAGGCAAAGAAGACAAGUACUCAGGCAGUUCUUGCAACAGCAGAUGAUACCUCGAACAAAUCGCCGAAGAAACUAUAUAAAGAUAUAAAUAGAUGUGAACGUCGAUUAGAAAAUUCUUCAAUAACAGAGAUAAGGAAAGAAGAUUCAUGCAGUAAUAAAACAAAUUUAGCACAAAAGGAAAUAAAAAAUAAUAAAAACACUGAGUGUCUUAAGGAAGACUUUUUGUCUAUUAACCAUAGAACAAGUUUAGCAGCCUGUAAAACUGUACAAGGAACGCCAGUAAAACUUAAACAAGAUGAUACAAAUCUAGAGACAUUUAAGACAUGCAUAGACCUUACUAAUCGAUCUAGUCAGAAAAAAACUGCACCACUCAAAGAAAGUCAAACAUACAAAGUAUCGCCUCUAAAUACAUCAAUGGCGAACAAAAUAUCACAAACUCGACACCAUGCUGCAGCUCAACAUAAGCAACGUAAAAGUAAACAAGAAAAUCAAUCGAGACGCAGUAACAAUAACAAGAAAACUGGCGAGGAUUGCAGAUAUGAAAAUAACUUAACAAGUAUAGACGAUAUUCUUUCGCGUAAAGACACUGACUUUAUACCAAAAUCAGAUGUUGAAGAACUUCUGCGCACUUUAAAGAGAAAACUAGAAGAAUCGGAAAAAGGUGGAAAAUGCAACAAACGUGCAAAAUACCAAAAUAAUCAUUUGUCUAAUAGUCACGAGGAUGAAUUUCUUAACACGUUAUCACCUUUAAAUUGUACACUAAACUAUGACGAAGACAGCUCGAAUUCAUUACUUUUGUCACGUGAUAUGGGUAGUGUAUCAAGUGUUGAUUCUGCACUGAGUUAUAGUCAACAGAGUAGUGUGUCCAGUGUGAGCUCUGAAGCGAAUGGAAAUAUAUUUAAUACACAGGACUUUGAACAGAUAUUUAGCGAGAAUACUGAAAUUGAUAUCGAUAGAGAAAUUAUACAAGAAUCGAUAUUUAACUCAUCUAGCCAAAAUUCGGACAAUGCUAUUACCACUUGCAAUAACAAUCAAUCAGAAACUAGCAUUGAUUUAAACUUUUUCGUUAAUUUUAAAGAAGAUAUUAGUAACGAUAAUUUAUUUUCUAUCCCAUCUUCUGGCAACGAGCUAUUGUUUUCACCUACUACCAAUGAACAAUCUUCAACUUGUGAGAAACAAAAAAGCAAUGGUACCAUGUACACAGGUCAGGUUAGUUUUCCAAGCGGACAGCCGGCAGCCGAUAUGGAUUUGUUCGAUCAUUUAUGGAGUGAAUUAGAAAGUUUAUGAGAUAUUUUUACAAAUUUACCUUUUAAGACAAAUUUUUUGCGGACAUAUGGUGAAUUUUUCGCCAUAUGAAAAAUAUGAUGUUUUACUUAGAUAUCACGUUUUAGUUUGAUGAAGCUUUUUUUUAAUCGUAUUUUUAUUGACCGGACUAACAGUGUAACUAUAGGUUGUUAAACGUCGUAAAUAAAGGAAGAAGCUGUAAGAAAACGUCAAAGGUCACUCCACGAAUAGUCUAGGAAUUAUGUGUUUUAAAACAACAUUUUUGUUUCAGAGAUGUUAGUUUUAUUUUUCGGAGCCAUCAAAAAAGAUUAUUUGUUGAGUAAAUUUCCGUAUCAACUUAGUUUUAACUUUUCUUUGAUACAAAUAAAAUAAAAUUAUUAAACAAAACAAAAGUUAGAAAGAAACUCAAACAAUUCUUGUUUACUUGUAAAAACGAGUAACUUUUUGGCUCGUUCUGUCUGUUGUCUAGCUUGCUCGGAAACUCUUUUUUACAACGAGGGCAAAUGUCAAAUGACUUGGUUAUAAAAUGUAUUAAAAUAACUAAAAAAGGUUUACGUAUUAUGCUCACAACUAUAUAAUACAAUGUUAUUAGCUGAUAAAAAAUGUCUAAACCGCGCAAAAAACAGCAAAGGCGAUCACUUCCUCUUUUUGCCGUUUUAGAACGUUAAACAAAACGUAAUUUGUUUUCGUUUAUCGGAAAGACUUUUAUGGCGAUCAAAAUUAUUUAUUGUUUGUAUAUUAUGUAGAUUUUUCAAAUAGAAAAUUGAACUUAAUAGUAUUUAAAAACUUUUUUUAUGUCAUUUAACAAACAUUUUCAAACUUCAAAUACAGUCGAAAUGAUCAAUCUCCAUAUUUGUCUUUGACAAAAACAGCUAUAGUAAAAUAACAACUUAUUUUGCAGUGCACUGGUUAGGUUUUGAGGUAUCAUCAAAUUGUUCGUUAGUUAUGUAUGUUGUUGUUGUUGUUGUUGAUGAUGAUGUUGUUAAACUUUUUGUUGCCUUAAGUCGAGUGUUUUUACAAAGUUAGAUCAGUUCUGUUUUUUGACCAAUUAAGCCCAUAAUUAAAACGUUUAAGCGAAAUUAAACGGGUUCUUAAUAUUUUACUGCAAUUUUAUUUAUUUUGUGAAUACUGUGUUGUUGUUUUUAUUAUUUCGUUUUUAUUUGUAUUUUAGAUUUUAUAUUACCCUUUUUUACUUUCAUGAAUACACAAUACAUGACAACUGUUGACCUGCUUUCGUUUGUGAAUUUUUAUCUGAAUGAGGAAUGCUCUUUCCUUACCGACGGCGCGAGACAUGUAUGUAGAGAUUUUUUUAGAGUUUUUAUCUUUGUGAAGGAUAAUUAAGUAUGCAAUUCAACACACCAAGGUCGAUUUAAGCACACCAAAAAGGUAUAACACAUUAAGUAAAUUGCUACUUUUUCUACAUAUACACAGAUAUAUGGUUCUCUCUUCUAGUUGCUGUGGAUGCCUUUGUAAUCGUAACUUUAUUAACAUUUAAAUUUACCGUUAAAUUUAGAUUUUUAUGAUCUGUAUUGUUGAAGUAAGCACUACAAACAAAACCUAUAUCUUGUUUUUUCAAAAAGGAGUGUUACUUCUUAAAAAGGACAGUGAUGUUAAAUACAUUACCACCAGUGAAUGACAGAUUUCGUACAGACUACCAACGAUAAACCACAAAUAUUUCAACAAAAGUUAAGCAAAUGGCAAAUCUGUCAUUUAUACGGAACUCUGAAUAAAGGUAAUCUAAGAUUGUAACAAUUAUACUUGCUUUGUAAUUUUUGUAGAAUUGUGACUUUCUAUUGUAGGUGUGAUUAAUUUAAUUGUCGACCCAAUAACAGAAAUACAAAUAAGCUCACUUUGAAGUAAUAAAAUAGUGCGAAAUUCUUUUUUGUCCGUGUAAUUUUCAC